UUCACUUGACCUGACUCGGAGAGCACUGACCCCUCCCAAUCCAUUUAUCACUGUAAUUCAUAGGGACUGCGUCUCUCGCCGUGAUGUAAAUCACUCGCUGAACUUGAUGCACUUUUAAGUGCACGUUGUCGAAGACCUGGAUCCAGGCUUCAGCUGCGAGCAUGUGGACUAGUAUUAUGUAUGUGGGGCGUUCCGUCCGGAGUCAAAUGGCGUCGGUUUGAGGGGUGACUUCUCGUCGGUGGCGACCCGAGUCUUUAUAAUGGGAAACCCCCUCCUCGAGCGACGCAUACCCUAUGUCGGUGACUUCACCUGGAACAGCGUGUCAGGACGUAGUGUUGGCCUGAAGCCCGUCCCCCUGCAAAGCCUCUCAGAGUUGGAGAGGGUUCGUCUGAAGGACGUGGCCUUUAGGCGAUUGCUUCGGGAUCGCGACCUGGGCUGCCACAUCACCAUCCCUAAAUAUGGCCACAAGCACAAAAAGUCACUUAGGCUGAAGUUGGAUUCAUUAUCUAAAGAGAAGAGCAGAGACAAAGAGACUACGCCCCAGGCCUUUGCCAUACCGCUGUCGCAGGUCAUAUUCAACGACCGCACACACAAGCAGCGACACGAUCCCCCGCGGGAGGGGCACAGUGACCCCACUGAAUUGAUGCUAUCCUUCCUCCACCUGACCUCCAGUUUUAAAAGGACCAACAAGGAGCUCUCCAGCAGCAACUCAUCCCUUAGCUCCACUUCUGAGACCCCUAAUGAAUCACCUCUGCCCAGCACAGUGGAUGCAGCCCCACGGACAUGCAGGAGGGGCGGAGUAUCCGUGGAUUGCAUCACUGACCUUGAUGAUAACCAGUCUCGGCUCUUGGAGGCCCUCCAGCUGUCUCUGCCAGUAGAGGCAGCUGGCAACAGGAAGAAGCGCCACGACAAAAAGCUCAGCCUUAACCCUAUUUACAGACAGGUGCCCAGGGUAGUGGAUCUCUGCUGCCAGCACCUGGAAAAACACGGCCUGCAGACGGUCGGAAUUUUCCGUGUCGGGAGUUCCAAGAAGAGAGUACGACAGCUUCGCGAGGAGUUUGACCAGGGUUGGGAGGUACAUUUAGAUGAGGAGCACAGUGUCCAUGAUGUGGCCGCACUGCUGAAAGAGUUCCUCAGAGACAUGCCUGACCCACUGCUGACAAGAGAACUUUACACAGCCUUCAUCAACACAAUGUUGCUGGAUUGUUCAGACCAAGAGAGCGCCAUCCAGCUCCUGAUAUUUUUGCUUCCUCCCUGCAACAGCGACACGCUGCAGCGCCUCCUCUGCUUGUUGUCCACAGUGGCUGCACAUGCUCAAGACAGAGUGGACAAUCAGGGACACGAGAGCACAGGAAACAAGAUGACAUCGCCCAAUUUAGCUACCAUCUUUGGACCCAACCUCUUACACAAACAAAAAAACUCAGACAAAGAGUUUGCAGUCCAAAGUUUUGCCCGUGCAGAGGAGAGCACAUCCAUCAUCAGCGUGGUCCAAAGGAUGAUCGAUACAUAUGAUACACUCUUUAUGGUUCCUGCUGACCUGCAGAACGAGGUGCUGAUUAGUUUGCUAGAGACGGAUCCUGAUGUUGUGGAUUACUUACUGAGGAGGAAGGCUUCUCAGUACUCAGAGCCAGGCCUUCUGAGAGCAGAGGAGGCCUUUCUGACUGAGAGGUGCUUAUCCAAUGAUUCCAUCAAAGCAUCUAGUGGAGAGUUGUCUCCCUAUGACAACAACUCCCCUGUCCUGUCAGAUCCACUGCUGUUUAAAUACCCAGAGGACAGCAGUCCACUCUCAGACAGCAUCCCCGGACUUUCUGGACAGUAUAAACUCAGUGGCCGUUCUAAAGAUGGAUCUGGCAGCACCUCUCCUACACUUUCUACAGACAAAGAGGCCACAACUGAUCAUUUCUGGGACACCUGGCAUGAACUGCUCAGCAAGGAUUUUAGUGGCCAUCACAUCACUGGCUCCCUAGGAGACAUGUCGGAAUGUGACUCGUAUGGAUCAUCAGAAGGGCUGAGCAGUCACCAAGGUAACAACAAGCUUCCCGUCAGACCAACACAAACCUCAUUGGGCGUGCUGGAAACCAGGCCACACCUCCCAGUGACUCGCAGCAACAGUGGUCCUCAUGACCAGAGAGGCCAGACGCAACCGCAAUCACCAUUACAUCAGGGACUGAGUGGCCAAUUGGGAGCCAUCAGCUCGGACAACUUAGCAGAAAGGACAGGACACCCCGCAUGUCCAUUAUUUAAGGUCAGGACGCAUAGUCUGUCUCCCCUUCAGUACUCUGGACAGCUGAGGGAGACCCAUAUUUCUCAUUCUACACCCUCCCUCUUCACAUAUCAGCCUGACCCCCAAACCCCACAGCAGUCCCAGCAAAGCCCAGCCCCUCAGACUGUAAAUACUUCAGAUGCUGCCGGGCCUGGACAAGAAAGGGGCCCCGGGGCACCAGACUGGCAGACAGAGAGGUGGCAUAUAUGGCAGAUACUGUCGAAAGAUAACGCGGACGCCCUGCCUGAAACCUUGGUGUGAUGCACUCUUUGUGCAUGUUGAACUAUACUGUUAACUUUAAGAGAAAUUGGUCAUUUGCUGGUCACAUUAUCGUCUGUAUUUGCAGUACUGGUUAAUAUUUCUCAUUGAUAGACUGAUGGAACUUCACACCAACAUGUGUUUUUGUUAUGUUGCAGGAGUGUUAAACUGUAUAUAAUGUAUAAUAAUAUUUGUUUCAUAUGAUAUAAAACAAUUGUUUUAUGUAAUUUUGUACGUUUCUUUGGUAGUUUAUUUUAUUGUUUUGUAGUAAUCGCUUAGAUUAUUUGCAACACAACCAUCAACAAACUUGUAUUUACACUUGAAUGUCAUAAAUAGACUUGAAUGAUAUUAAUGCUUAAAUUUGAAGCCAUGAAUGUUUUUCAUUGCUGGGUGUAAAAAUAUAAACCCAGUUUAUGUUGUAAUAUUGCUUUAAAUUUGUAGUAUCUUGAUAUGUACUGAGGUUGAGGCUUUAACAUUGACCUUUGUUACAAUUACAAUGUACUUGUGGAAAUGCUGCAGACUAUGUCCAUAUUACCACACCUUUUUGUAGCCAGAUUUUAGUGAACUGUCUGUCACAUUGAUUUUCUGCUUAUACACACCCCAACAUUUUGUGUUUGAGAUAUAUAUUAUUUGUAAAUGUACUUAGUACUUUGCAAUUUAAUGAGAAACAAUUGCCCAUGCUCUUUCUAGGUUCCCUUCUCAAUAAACUGACUGUGAUUAGUUUAAUUGAGAAAAUGAUAAAAGAAAUCUCAGCCUGUCCUGUCUGAUACAUUUUUACAUUUACAAAUUCUAUGGAAACCAAAUUGCACUGUUUUCUUUCAUUGAUGGCCUCAGUGUCUGACUGUGACUGUAGACAAAUUGUAUGUGUAGGAAGAUGACAGCAUGAAUUUGAAUUAGUUUAGUGGUGUGACAUGAGACGAACUAAGUUAAAAGCCUAAGAGAAGUAAGAUAAGCUAGUGUGCAGUGACAUAGGUCAGAACAUGCAGUUAUUUUCUGCCCAGCAUGUUUUGGAAUUCAGUAAAACCCAUAAUCUAUCUAUGGGUCCCAUGUGGUAUGUGGCACUUGCCAAACCUUACUGAAUCUCUAUUUUUACUUUUUUAAAGUGGCCACAGCUUACAAAUUAUGUUACCACCACUGUAGAAAAUUAAUGUGAAAGUCAGUGUGGAUGCAUAUUGAACUCCUAUGAGGAGCCAUGUUUUCUAUCUAACUUUCCCCCUUUUUCCCUAGUUCAUUCAGGAAUCAGAAGUGAAACAAUUGCCUGAACUGGCCACAAGAGGGAAGCAUGAGACCAGGAAAUUAUUUUCUGUUUCCUUGCCGAAUCUAAUCCUUGUGCAUUGUGGGUAUACAGUGGGUUUUAACGACUCAUUACACAUUGAACAGCUAUUAGUUAAGUUUAAAUCUUAUUAGACUCUUUUCCCAACAUGGUAGGGAUGGUGGUGAUUUCAUGUGUUCAACAGUAAUCUCCCUUUAUGCGAAUGGAAAAAAGAGAUCGGAGCUGAGACAAUAACAGUAACAAUUACCACUAAAUAUACUCUCAAAGUACUGCAAUUACAAGACGUAAUCACAAUAAAUAUGCAACUCUGCAGGAAAUAGCUACCAUUGAAAUCUGGUACAGAUUACAGAUCGUUCAUAAAACUCUGGGAAAGCAUUUGAGCAUAUGACAGUACGAUUUGUUGCCUUAAAGUAUUGGAAAUGAUUGAAAUGAUUGAAAUUGUGUAAUUUUGCAUUAUAA